AAAGCCUCGCGAGGCUUCCGGCGGCGUUCUUCCAGAGGGCGGCACGGGGGCCGGGUGGUGGGGUGCAGGUUGCCGGACGAGGAGGGGAGCUGGGAGAUGGCGUCCGGAGCGGCUCGCUGGCUGGCGCUGGCACCCGUCGGAUCUGGGGCUUUCCGGAGCGGGCUGAACCUGGGGAAAGGUGGCGAUGUCUCCGCCGGUCGGGGCGGCUUAGUUCGGAGUCCGGUACCAUCGAGGUCAGUCAUCGUUACUCGCAGCGGCGCCAUUUUGCCCAAACCGGUGAAAAUGUCCUUCGGCCUUCUCCGUGUGUUCUCCGUUGUGAUCCCCUUUCUCUAUGUCGGGACGCUAAUUAGCAAGAACUUUGCUGCUCUACUUGAGGAGCAUGAUAUUUUUGUUCCAGAGGAUGAUGAUGACGACGACUAACAGGGCAUGGAGAAGUAUAGAAAGGAGAAAGCCCUAACUUAAGAAAUGGUGAUGCUCGCAGCCUCUCCUCCUUCCCUAUCAAUCAGCAGAUGGGCCCAGGGAAAGCCCUCAGCCUCUCAACCCCAGUGAAGCCUCCUGCAUGGUCUGUGACCAUAGCUCAGAUCCCCAGGCUCCGGGAGGUUCCUGGAGAUGUGCUGUCCACUGAGCAUAAUCAAAUUAUGAAUCUACAUAAUAAACAUCAGCUCUGUAGGACUGA